GCCCCGUCCGGCGGGAGAAGAUGGAGAUCGGGGUGGGAUAGAGUGUUGGACACCGCUCGGGAGCGGCUCGCCAGGUGGGACUCGGGAGCCUGGCAGACGCAGAAUGAGGACGCCCCCCAAGGGUGCCCUGCCACGGAGACACGAGGACUAGAUGGAGAGGAAGGACUAAGCCACCGGCCAGCGAGGCCUCCUCUUACUUCCCAGGCCCGCUCUCCGUCUUUUGCCCUCGGGCUCCGUGACCUCCGCCAGCCCCGAGCGUCAACUCAUUUCAGUUAAACGAUGGCAGAGACGGGUCUGUUAGAGGCCGGGGCCUCUGCGGCCUCCACAGCUGCCGCGCUGGAGAACUUGCAGGUGGAGGCCAGCUGCUCCGUGUGCCUUGAGUACCUGAAGGAGCCCGUCAUCAUUGAGUGCGGACACAACUUCUGCAAAGGCUGCAUCACCCGCUGGUGGGAGGACCUGGAGAGGGACUUCCCGUGCCCCGUGUGUCGGAAGACAUCCCGAUACCGCAGUCUCCGGCCUAAUCGGCAACUGGGCAGCAUGGUGGAAAUUGCCAAGCAGCUCCAGGCCGUCAAGAGGAAGAUCCGGGACGAGAGCCUCUGCCCCCAGCACAACGAGGCCCUCAACCUCUUCUGCUAUGAAGACCAGGAGCCUGUAUGUUUGAUAUGUGCCAUUUCCCACACCCACCGGGUCCACACCGUUGUGCCACUGGAUGAUGCGACACAGGAGUACAAGGAGAAGCUGCAGAAGUGCCUGGACCCCCUGGAGCAGAAGCUGGAGGUCAUCACCCGCUGCAAGUCCUCCGAGGAGAAGAAGCCCGGAGAGCUCAAGCGGCUAGUGGAGAGUCGCCGGCAGCAGAUCCUGAAAGAGUUUGAAGAGCUCCACCGGCGGCUGAAUGAGGAACAGCAGGUCCUGCUCUCGCAGCUGGAGGAGGAAGAACAAGACAUUUUACAGCGGCUCCGGGAAAACGCCGCUCACCUUGGGGACAGGCGCCGGGACCUGGCCCAUUUGGCAGCUGAGGUGGAGGGCAAGUGCUUGCAGUCAGGCUUCGAGAUGCUUAAGGAUGUCAAAAGUACCCUAAAAAAAUGUGAGAAAGUGCAGGCCAUGGAGGUGACUGCUGUGUCCAUACAGCUGGAGAAGAACUUCAGCAAUUUCCCGCGACAGUAUUUUGCCGUGAGGAAGAUCCUUAAACAGCUCGUUGCGGACUUGACCCUAGACCCUGAAACCGCGCAUCCUAACCUCGUCCUGUCAGAAGAUCGGAAGAGUGUCAAGUUCGUGGAGACAAGACUCCGGGAUCUCCCUGACACCCCACGGCGCUUCACCUUCUACCCCUGCGUCCUGGCCACGGAGGGUUUCACUUCAGGCCGACACUACUGGGAGGUGGAGGUGGGCGACAAGACCCACUGGGCAGUGGGUGUGUGCCAGGACUCCGUGAGCCGGAAGGGCGAGCUGACUCCACUCCCUGAGACUGGCUAUUGGCGUGUGCGGCUAUGGAACGGGGACAAAUAUGCGGCUACUACCACGCCUUUUACGCCCUUGCGCAUCAAGGUGAAACCUAAGCGGGUGGGCAUAUUCCUAGACUAUGAGGCUGGCACGCUGUCUUUUUACAACGUCACAGACCGCUCGCAUAUCUACACCUUCACUGACAGGUUUACUGAGAAACUGUGGCCUCUCUUCUACCCGGGCAUCCGGGCUGGUCGGAAGAACGCUGCGCCACUGACCAUUAGGCCUCCAACAGAUUGGGAGUGACAGGUGGGAACAUGGAAAGAAUUGGGGUGAGGCAGGGUCAAGAGCUGGGGGAUUUCCUUCCUGUGUCCUGGGACGUCUCCCUGUGUGCCUGGCCCUGCAUUGUCCAGGAGGAACACCCUGGUUUCCAGGACGGUUGGUGUGGCUUAGGAGGACUGGGCUGGGGUGAGCACAACCGCACAACCCCAGCUCACCGCCAGGGGGCGGAGCUGCUUCCAGGGGAUGGUCUCCUCUGCCGUCCCCAGGUUUCCAGUUGCACAGAGACAGGGAGGGAAGGGAGGAGCAGCUGUUCAAGAAGCAGAAAGCUGAUGGGAGGGAGGGAUCUGCCUACCUCACACUGGAGGAGGAAAUAGACCCUUAUAAUAACUUUUAAGGGGUUUCUUGAGAGCGACCGGUCCUCUGUUUCUUGAGGACAGUCACAGAGGUCUGUAAAGAUGAAUGGCAGUUGCUCUCACGGUUCCAGAAGCAGAGAGGGUUUCUGGGACAAAGAUUUGGCAUUGAGAAUGUUAGGGAAGGGAGUUGAUGCGGUCUUCGAUUCCCCGGCGAAGGUUACCAUUGUGAGUAAGAUGGUUCAAAAGCAGAGUCGGGCAGAGUGGGUGAACAGAAGAACAGGAGCACCCAGGCCCCUGCCCAGCCUUUUAGCAGAGCUGACUCACUGCCCGCUGCCUUAUACUUGGUGUCUCCAGGAAGUCGGUGGCUUUCUCCUUGAGAGGAGGCCCUAUGAAAGAGAUUCUGCAGUCAUGUCCACCUUUUCACCGCUUUCCCAAAAGAACGUGGAAGGGAGAAGGUCGGGUGUGAGAGAGGCAAGAGGAAGCUAUGUCUGUCCAAAGCUCUGGGCCGUAAAGAAGGCUAUGAAAUGGUGAGUGUCAAGAUGUCAGUCUUGUUACCCAGAAGAUGUGCCCAAGUCAGAAAGACAGAGCAGUACUGUCUUUCUCGUCCUGAAGACAGUAGACAAGGGUGGUUUGGGAAGGGAAGGCCUGGCCUGGAACUCCAGUUCGGAAGAGCCAGCUUUGUGCUUGUUGCCACCCUUCAUCUUAUGCCAGUCUGCAUUUCAGAGAACGCACAUUCUGUUACCAAUAGGCCAAAAUAAACAAUGCUGCAGGGUACAUACGUUGUCAAAAAUGGUCAAGUGAUGCAUGCCACACCAGACUCCAGUGAUUUGGCUGAUCUCUGCUUGGGGAAUCAAGAGUUGAGAGAAGAUUUUGGGACAAGAGACUGCAAUUUCCUGAGGGCAUUUCAGCUCCUCUUCCCACCUCCGCAGGACCUUGUCCAGACUCUUCUCCUCUUACCUUUGUGCCUUGACUGUGGUUCUUUGUGGCAAGACGCUUUGGUUGGUUGAAAUAAUAUGGAGCAAAGGACCGCUGAAGUGUUUUAUGUUGUGUGGUAAUUUGUCAGUGGCCCCGGGAGUGAUGGCUGUGAGGUCACGGAGGUGUUUAAAAUGCAUGCUCCCAGGCCCCACCCUCAGUGAAUGAUCCAGGAUUGGGGUGGAUUUAGGCAUCUGUAUUUGAAACUCUCCUCCCGCUGUGUUCUUGAGGACCCUGGUAAAACUGGUCCUAGAGGAGGUUUCAACCAUUUCCUUUUCUCUGAGCUGGAAAAUCGGUUGCCCGUACCAGCCUGGCAAGAGACCGAGGCCGUAACCUCUCCUGACCUGUGUUGCCCUCUCCAACCCCCACCCCACCCUCAUCUCAGGGUUCAUUCUACCCCUUCUGUCCAUUUGCUUCUGACCUCAGGAAUUUGCAGUCCAUUAGCUAUGAAGAGGAAUCAAACGGGACGUCCACCAACCAAUGGGAGGCAGGCAGAGGUCAGGUGUAGGGGCGUCAUUUCAGGGGUAGGGAAUGCUAUUGAUAGGCUUCUAUCUCUAAUGCUUCAGACUAUGUUUCGUGGGUGAGAAGAAAGGAAUGGGAUUAAGCUGUGCUUUCCUGAGAGCCUUCUCUCCAUCACACUCAUGGGUCUUCCUGCUUUGACUCCCACCGGCACAAGUGCCUUUUUGAAUGUAUAACCACUAUUCCUCCUGCCUGUCAAUCUUCAGGCAUCUGCCUGGGACUUCAGAACUGCAGGCCUAGCUGGUUAUUGAUUGCCAUAACCAUUGCCCACACUUACCUGCACAGAGAAACUUUAAGAUCUACUCUGGUAGCCUUUCUAGUCUCUGCUUGGUCUAACUCAUUUGGGGUUUGAGAAAGGACACUGGAAGGAAUCGAAACUCUUAGGGACCCUCGGAUGGAUGGGGAUGGUUUUACAAAUAAAUGGGUUUACAAAUAAA